GAGACAACUAGCGGGACCUAAAAAAAGAUGGCCGAUAAAAGAUAUAAUCCUGCUACAUCAUUUGUAGGAGGAGGAUACUCUGCUGGCCCACACAUGCAGCCAACACAGGGUGUCCCUGGGAUGGUGCCCUACAUGCAGGCUGGCAUGCCCAUAAACAACAUGAUGCAACAACAAAUGAUGAUGGCACCAGGCUUAAGGUUUCCUAUCCAGCAGGGAAUGCGAAUGGGCCCUCCUAACACUCCGCCACCCCCCUACUCUGCUCACAAUACAACAGCUGCCAUGCCUACCAGACCAAGAGCAUCAUUAAACAAAGCAAAAGAAGGUGGUCAACAGUCAGAGAAGGAAAGGUUUUUUGAGGAGCAGAGAAGGAAGCUUCAACAGUUUGGGAGGCCUGGAAGUGUGAAAGUUGACGAGGGGAAGCUCAUCGGAUCUAUUUUUAGUGCUGACACCAAAAUGGCCACCUCUAAAGGAAAAGCAGCUGCUACCCAGUCUGCAGAUGACGAUGAUGGAUUUGGUGACUUUCUUCAAGGGCCAUCACUCCAGCAGUCAGCUGUAAAGAAAGAAGAAAGAAAGGUAACCCAUGAAUCUGUUGAGGUGAUAGCCCCAGGACCAGAGACCAAACCACAAGAAGAAAAGAAAGAUUUAGCAUCGAUUAUGUUAGAAUAUUCAGAUCUUAGUGCCCCUAAAAAAGCUAAAGGCUUCCACAAACCCACUCUUAAUGAGGUUCAGAAAUCUGGCCACAUAGAUACUCAUAGAUUGAAAGGGUCCAGUUUUCAUGAAAGUGACCACGCCAGGAGCUGGAAGAUGCAGGCUGAGGACUUGGAGGGAUUGUUUCAGUUGCCAGCAAAGGCAAAAAAAUCGCCGCCUGCGCCAUUGCCAACCCAUUCCCCGCAGCUGGUUCAUGCAGCUGUGCCUGCUGGUGCUGUCAUUCCUCCUGGGGAACAUGUCAUAGCUUUUGGAACAGGGUCCACUGUGAUGAGCCCUCCACUAGGUCCACCCCCAUCUUACUCAGAGGUUGUAAGCCCCACCGCACUGGCUAGUCCAACUAAUUUCAUGACCACCAAUCAUGUUAGCCCAGCUUUCAGCCAACCAUUCACUGGUAGCCACAGCACCAACCAUGUAAGUCCAGCAGUCGGCCAACCCUUCUCUGGUAGCCACAUCGCCAACCAUGUUGGUCCAGCGGUCAGCCAGCCUUUCACCACUGGCCACACCAACAGGAGCCUGACCCUACCAGAGUGGUGCACCCACAAUGAGGAGCAGAUGCCCCCAGUGUACAAACAUGUCUGGGAGGCUUCUUUAGUAGACAACAAAAUAUCAACAGAACGACUCUACCCCAUACUUCUACUUAGUGGCUUACCCAGAGAGAAGCUAGCCCAUAUUUGGUCAUUAUGCAACACAGCAACCCCUGGUCAACUGGUCAAGCAUGAGCUCUGGUUGAUCCUUGCCAUGAUAGCUUUAACUCAGCACCAAUACAAUACAAACACCAUGGACAUUUUGGUGGAAUGUCCUGUAGCACCAGUGCCUGCUUUAGCUACUGCACAAGACACAGGCCCACCUGCCACCUUGCCUACCACCCCCAUGCAGCACCAGGUAUACACAGCCCACACACCUGCAGCCACUGUCCCACCUGUGGCAGGUGUAGUCCAGAUGUCCCCACCCAACAAUGUACACAGGGUGCAGCAGCCCAGGCCCCAGCUGGUCACCCCAGCUGCUAGAGGUCACUCCACCCUGGCACCAGAAGAUGAUGACUUUACAGACUUCCAGGCAGCCAUACCUGCCAUGUCCAGUGUUGGCAAAGGUCACACUUCUCCGAGUUUUGAAGAUGACGACUUCACAGACGGGCGCGACAGUCUUAGCCAGGUUUCCACAUCAGAGCAGUCAGAGAACGAUGACCUGAGGAACUUUGAGUCUUACGUAGAAGAGUUCCAGCAGAAGAAGGAAGUUCCGGAUGGCAGCCCACUGCAUUGUCCCUUCCCUGCUUUUCAAAAGAACCCGACUGUCAAGGCUACCAAAGGUGUCAAAAGUGUUGGGAAGGCUGGUGGGCUGUCCGCCUUCCAUAAACCUCCCUCCAGCCAACUGCCUGCUGGGACUGAUAGUACCGUAUUUAGUGCAAUAAACCAUACAGUACCCAAACUACCAGAUUUGACAACACCAGCUGUGUCUUCCAAAGUUUCCUCUGCAAUCCCCAACAAUAACACUGAUGAUGAAUUUGCUGACUUUAAAUCUGCCUCCGCUGUGCUGUUCCCAGCAGCCUCGGACCCACCCUCAACAGAAGGGCCCUUGAUAGGGGAUGAGGAUAAGUACGGCGCCCUCAGGGUUCUCACACUCUCACAGCCCUCACUCUUUGAACAACCGGCGCCACCUGAUGCCCAAUCAAGCACAAACAAUGAAGCAGUUGCCAUUGAUGAAGAAGAAGAGUGGGCAGAUUUCUCUGCUGCUGCACCCACCACGGACCACAGCAUCGGUUCCGCUGCACCCACCACGGACCACAGCAUCGGUUCCGCCUCCCCAACCAUUGUGUCUUCUAAAGAGCCUGGGAAAGCUUCGUCCAAGAAAGAGGAUAUUCUGAAGCUGUUCAGUGUGAGUGCAGCCUCCAAAAGCCCUGUCACUUUCUCGUGCGGGAACUCUGAUGUCACCAGUGAGGGCGGAAGUAAAAAUGGUUCCCUGUUUGGCGACGACAUCAGCACGACCUCCACCCCAUCCAAAUCCCGCGGGCUGGACACCCAGUCCCUCGGGGACCAGCUGUCCUCCAGCAGCUUCUCUGAACAGGAGUCCACCAUUGGCUGGGUCCACGAGAGUUCUGGAGUGGACAGCCACUGGGCCAGCUUUGGUGCCAGCGACAGCUACGAGCCCCCUGGGUUUACAGCCAGCCCCAAUGACAGUCAGGUGAACAAACUCAGCUCUUCUGGCACUGCGGUCACGGCCGGUAUGUUUGACACGACGCUGACAUCAUCUCUCCCUGGGGUUGUGCCCAACACCAGCAGCAGAUGGGAUGUCUUGCCACAAAGUCCUUCACUAUCAAGCACCUCCUCACAUGGGUACACCAACCCCCAGAACAUUGACCCACCCGGGGGUUUCAGCAGCCAGACAGGGCAGGAGGAUGAGUGGAGUAGCUUCAGUAGCGCCCAGGCUAAAGCUGGCGCCGCAGACGAGGAGGGAGACUUGAGUGGGGAGGCCAAGUUCGUCACCAUCAAGAAACAAAAUCUGGGCACCAGUGAGAUCAUGGGGGUCUUCAAGGUUCGGGAUGACCCGGCCACACUGUCCAGCUACCAGCUGCCUCCCCAGGCCUCAGUCAACAAAAAUAUGGCCAGGAACACACACCAUCCACCUGGUGCCGGACAUGGGUACAGGAUGCCAUCAGAUGACGACAUGGGUCCACCUCCACUGGACUUCAGCCAUGAUGAAGACGAGGAUGAGCACACCUUCUCCAGGGGUUAUGAUUUUGAUGAUGUCAUACACCAAGGUCCACCUGCCACCAUCUACAGUCCAUUUGGCUUGAGCCACUCUAGUCCACUCUAUAGCCAUGCUGGUGCCAACAGAAAAUUGAAAGAAAACAGGGAAGACAGUGGUUCAGUUCACAGCCUUGACCUGCCAUCCAACAAGCAGUCUGACCACUAUGGCAGUGACAGUGUCUCAUUGUCCAGCACAGAUUUGAAUGGCAGUGAGAUCAAUGGUGGGGGCACUGGAGUGGUCAGUGCUGAGUCCAAGUCCCUGGACAGCCUUGACCUCAAGAAUGAUGCUGCUGACUCAGAGCACAGCUACAGUGCUAAGGAUGAUGUACAAGCCAGCAGUACUCACCAUCCCAUCCAGCCCCAAGAACUGCUCUCCUCCAUGCCAGACUUUGCUGAUAAAUACAACAUCCAGCAUGAAGCUCAGGGUAGUGACCGCUAUGGCCACUACUGGGAGCACUGUCUGAGCAACUGCUGCCGUGUGAUAGCUGAGGCCAACACCUUGUUUAACACCAUCAGCAGCUCCUCUGUUUGUAAUGAGGUCCUCAAGUCCUCACAGGGCUCUGGUUAUGUAACAAGUGUGGUGGAAAUAUACCGAGUAGUUUGCAGAAUAAUGACUUCUAUGAGGUCCACCGCCAUAUCAACAUCAGAACUAGAGCAAACUGUCAAGGACAUUGACCUUGCCUGGAACAACCUGACAGCAUUCCUUGUUGGAGCUUCUCUCUUGCCGGAGCAGUCGACCCUUGUGUUCAGCAACUGUGUCCUCAAGUCAGACUCUGACCACGCCAAACAACUGGCCUGUGGUGUCUGCCUGCUCAACGUGGACACCAACCCUUUCAACUCCGGCGCUGGCAUCAACAGCUGCAAGCUGACCUACGCAGGCCGCCAGUACCACGCCACCUGUGCCAACUUCUGGGUCAACUGUGUGGACCAGACCUUGCCCUCAUUAACUCUACCUGAACUGUUAUAGUAGUUAUUUAUAGAUCAUUGUCUAAUGUUUGAAAAUCUAUCUGUGAAAGUGAUAAAGGAUAGAUGUUGUCCUCAUAUCUCUAGUUAGUUUACCAAUGAAAAAAUCCACUCGCUAUCACCUAAGAUGUUACAAAGUAAAUUCUAUUUUCAACAUGGCGUACCAAGUUGUAUUUAUUGUGAUAUUGUUAAUAAUCCUGGACUCCAAAACUUGAUGCAUACAUUUUUUUCCUGGUCAUUUUGGAUCCACACAUUCCAUUGUUGAAGGCUCUGGUUCACCCACAUCAGCUCUGUACUUUUGUCUGCUUUCUUUAAAUAGCAGCAGGAUUUGGUUUCAACAAAGCUCAAGCUAUUCACACACAAU